AUGACCCUUCCCAAUUCCUCCUGCAUCAUAGAAGACAAGAUGUGUGAAGGGAACAGGACCACCAUUGCCAGCCCUCAACUGAUGCCCCUGGUGGUGGUCCUGACCACCAUCUCCUUGGUCACGGUGGGGCUCAACCUGCUGGUCCUGUAUGCCGUUCGGAGCGAGCGGAAGCUGCACACUGUGGGGAACCUCUACAUUGUCAGCCUCUCAGUGGCAGACCUGAUCGUGGGAGCUGUUGUCAUGCCCAUGAACAUCCUUUACCUCUUCAUGACAAAGUGGUCCCUGGGCCGGCCUCUCUGCCUGUUUUGGCUGUCCAUGGACUACGUAGCCAGCACAGCAUCCAUUUUCAGCAUCUUUAUCUUGUGCAUUGACCGCUACCGCUCUGUCCAGCAGCCCCUCAGGUACCUGCAGUAUCGUACCAAGACCAGAGCAUCAGCCACCAUCAUGGGUGCCUGGUUUCUCUCCUUCUUGUGGAUUAUCCCUAUUCUAGGCUGGCAUCGUUUCAUAUCAGGGGGCUCGAAGUGCCCGGGCGACAAGUGUGAGACAGACUUCUAUGAUGUCACCUGGUUCAAGAUCAUGACUGCUAUCAUCAACUUCUACCUGCCCACUUUGCUCAUGCUCUGGUUCUAUGCCAAGAUUUACAAGGCCGUGCAGCAACAUUGUCAGCACCGGGCACUCACCAAUGGACACCUCCCUUCCUUCUCAGAAAUUAGCCUGAAGCCAGAGAAUCCCAAGGUGGGUGCCAAGAAACCAGGAAAAGAGUCUUCCUGGGAUGUUCUGAAAAGGAAGCGGAAAGAUGCCAGUGGUGGACCUGUCUCAAAGCCACUAUCCCAAGACCCAGAGGAAAUGAAAUCCCCGGUUGUCUUCAGCCAAGAGGAUGAAGUGGCCAAACUCUACUCCUUCCCACUUACCACAGUGUCAGCUCAGACCAUGGUGGAAGGGAGGAGCAGGGAGUAUGGAGCCAUCAACCAGAGCCAGCUUGAGACAGAUGAGCAUGGCCUGAACACACGUGGGGCUGGCAAGGUAUCAGAAGACCAGACCCUAGGUGAUAGCCAGUCCUUUGCCCAAGCAGACGCAAACACCUCCACUGAGCCAGCAUCGGGGAAAGGCAAGUUGAAAAGUGGGUCUAGCACGGGCCUGGAUUAUAUCAAGCUCACGUGGAAGAGACUUCACUCACAUUCAAGACAGUAUGUGUCUGGGUUGCACAUGAACCGCGAACGGAAGGCGGCCAAACAAUUGGGUUUUAUUAUGGCAGCCUUCAUCCUUUGCUGGAUUCCCUACUUCAUCUUCUUCAUGGUAAUUGCCUUCUGCAAGAGCUGCUGCAAUGAGCAAGUGCAUAUGUUCACCAUCUGGCUGGGCUACAUCAACUCCAUGCUGAACCCCUUCAUCUAUCCCUUAUGCAAUGAGAACUUCAAGAAGACAUUCAAGAAAAUUCUUCACAUUCGCUCCUAAAGGAGGUUCUGAGGGGUUGCAACAAAGUGAUGCCGAUGGUGUCCUAGAAGGCAAUGGAGGGUAAACGCCUGUGUGUUGCCAGGCCCCUGGGCUUUCUGGAGUCAAAACAACAGUCUUAAGGGCUAGUUCAUUUGGAAAGUUCUUAUGCACCGUUGGAAGAACAGCAGAGACAUUAUACUCUGAGUAGAAAGCAGAGUAUCUCUAAGAGAAUCAGACCUGGACAGAACUCUCCUGCUCCUUGGGAAAUUUGGAAGCCUCAGACUGUCCUU